AUGACUAGAUUUAGACCCUGCAUAGAUCUGCACUCGGGGCAGGUCAAGCAAAUCGUCGGAGGAACCUUGACAACAACGUCAGAAGAUCUGAAGACCAAUUAUGUCUCCAAGCUACCAGCAGGGCACUAUGCACAGCUGUACAAGGACCAUGAUCUGGAGGGAGCGCAUGUUAUAAUGCUGGGUCCAGGCAACGAAGAGGCUGCUAAGGAGGCACUUGCAGUUUGGAAGGGCGGCUUGCAGGUUGGAGGAGGCAUCAACGACAAGAAUGCCGCUCAAUGGAUCGAAUGGGGUGCAGACAAGGUCAUCAUCACCUCCUUCCUCUUCCCCGGGGGAAAGUUUUCUCAGCAACACCUCGACUCUGUUCUUACAGCUCUUGGGGGUGACAAGGAAAAACUGGUUAUUGACUUGAGCUGUCGGAAGAAGGGCGACACGUGGUUCGUUGCUAUGAACAAGUGGCAGACCAUUACUGAUAUGGAAGUCAAUGAAGCAUCUAUUCAGUCACUUGAAGGUUAUUGCUCAGAAUUCCUCAUCCACGCUGCCGACAACGAAGGUCUCCAGAAGGGAGUCGAUGAAGAGCUUGUCAGAAAGUUGGCCCAGUGGUGCAGUAUACCUGUCACGUAUGCUGGUGGCGGGAGACACCUCCAAGAUUUAGACCACGUCAAGAGUCUGAGUGGCACUAGGGUUGAUCUCACGAUUGGAAGUGCGCUAGACAUCUUCGGUGGAUCUGGAGUGACAUUCGAGGAAUGUGUCGAAUGGAACCGACAGCAGCCAAGACGUUGA